AUGGAUAAUUCGUCGUUAAUGCUGGCCCUCCAGCUCCAACAACAGGACCUAAGCCUAUGGGAACAGUCCAGGAAGGGAAAGCAGCGCGAGGGUCAAGUGACAGAUUCCGAUCUUGCUCUUGAAGCUUGUCGUCAUGAGCUUGAGCUUAUGGCAGCUCAGAUCUCCGAUCAAGCAUUGGCCCUUAGCAUCGCAAGAGCUGUUGAGUCGGAUGGGCAGCUUAUUAGAGAAGCUCAGUUGGCGGAGGAGCAAGCUGCCAAGGAUCGUGAAUAUGCCGUCAGACUCAACAAGAUCGGAUCCCGCGAAGGCGAAGAAACUCCAAAGAGUAGAGGAAGAGCACGAUGA